UCUUCCAUUUUUUUUUUUCCAGACCUUCUAAUGGUAGGAUUAGAUCGCAAGUUCGCAACCGCUGCUUUUCUCUCUAUAUUUAUGUAUGUUCCCUUGGAAGAAGAAUCGAUAGAUAGGAAAAUCCGAUAAAAUCGAGAGAGAAAACAAACGGACGGAAAUCGUCGUCAAUAAGUCGUUAAUGGCAAACCUACCCCAGUCUCUUUCGAUGAACUCCCCGUUCGGAUCUCCGUCGGUUAACGCCGUCGGAGCUCAGCCGAAAAAGGAUAAUAGUAAUCGGAAUAUGCAAUCGGCCGAGCAGUUGGUGCUCGAUCUCAGCAACCCUGAUCUCAGAGAAAACGCUCUCCUCGAGCUCUCCAAGAAGAGAGAAUUAUUCCAAGAUUUGGCUCCAUUAUUAUGGAACUCUUUUGGCACUAUUGCUGCACUGUUACAGGAGAUAGUUUCCAUAUACCCUGUUUUGUCGCCACCAAACCUUACCCCAGCUCAGUCGAAUCGAGUUUGCAAUGCGCUUGCUCUUCUUCAGUGUGUCGCUUCUCACCCAGACACACGGAUGUCGUUCCUCAACGCUCAUAUUCCUCUAUAUCUGUACCCUUUCCUUAAUACAACAAGCAAAUCAAGGCCAUUUGAGUACUUGAGGCUUACUAGCUUGGGCGUCAUUGGUGCUCUUGUGAAGGUUGAUGAUACAGAGGUUAUUAGCUUCCUUCUCUCAACUGAAAUAAUUCCCCUCUGCCUGCGCACAAUGGAGAUGGGCAGUGAACUCUCAAAAACAGUUGCGACAUUCAUUGUUCAAAAAAUUCUUUUGGAUGACGUGGGCUUGGAUUAUAUAUGCACUACAGCAGAGCGGUUUUUUGCAGUAGGUCGAGUUUUGGGAAAUAUGGUAGCAGCCCUUGCUGAACAACCUUCGUCACGACUCCUAAAACAUAUUAUACGUUGUUAUCUUCGACUAUCUGAUAAUCCAAGGGCUUGUGAUGCAUUAAGAAGUUGCCUUCCAGACAUGCUAAGAGAUGCCACUUUCAGUACUUGCCUUCGUGAAGAUCCAACAACUAGGAGGUGGUUACAGCAGUUGCUUCACAACGUCCAGGGACCUCGGGUUGCGCUACAGGCUGGUGGAUUUGAUCAUAUGCUGGUGAACUGAGCUGAUGGGAAGUUAUUUUUGGGGAAAUUGAUUCUAAUGUUACAUUCGUCCAUGCAUCAUUUUGUGUCAAGUAUUAUUAUAAUUAAUGUCUUUUGGUAGGCAGUGUGAAUAAUGUAUCUGUACUGCCUUUUAUCAGUUAGUAUUUUUAGAAUUACCUUCUUGUAGCAUUUAUACAUAAGAACGGAUUUACAGAAGAAGGAACCACUUCUCCUGGCUCUUAUUAGUCCAAAGUCACUGUUGCCUGCUUGUGAA